AUCACGCGCGUGUCGUGUCUUCUGGGAUGGGGAGGCAGAGAGAGAAGAGCGAGCGUUGAUGUGUAUGAGAAUGAGCAAUAAUAGUGUUUUUGAUACGACUCCGCGUUUAAAUUGCAUGGCUUGUCUUUUUUUCUCCCGGGUGGGGCGUGGUGUUGUUCCCUUUCCCGGUAUUUCGGAGUAAUUAGAGGAGCCGCGCUGUGUAAACAUCUCUGAAGUGAGGAAGUGGGAUGUGGCCCGGCUCUAUCUUCGCUUGCGGUCUACGAUGUGACACAGUCCCAGCGCCUCGGGCACGCACUGCCACUCUUCCACGAGGAUAUAUAAAGACGUGAGUGAUGGCAUCCGCUUCAUGCAGCUGGACCGCGACCGCGACAGCGACGGCUGUUUUGGAUUCGCCUCGUGCUGGAAAACUGAAAAGCGAUACGUGUGUCGUGAUGUAGCGGACUGUGGUGCGUUUGGGUUUUUUUUUUUUUUUUUUUGCCCCGACAAAGCGUUAUUUGCGUCGGAUAAUGGACUCGUCGGUAACGCUGGGGAGGCUGGAGCUCGGGCACGCCACCGUGAGCCCGGACACGUGCCUCAAUGGCCCGAGGGCGAAGGAAAGGACCGCGCAGCAGCACGCGGGGCCGCGCGCGGGACCACUCGGUUGCGUGCCGCUUUCGCACCAGGUCGCGGGCCACAAGUACGGCGUGGACAAAGUAUACUGCAGCAUCCCGAUGGUACGGUACUAAAGCAGCUUCAGCCUCCUCCCAGAGGACCCAGAGAGAUGCAGUUCUAUUGCAAGGUUUAUGCCAAGGAUUGCUGUGACCCCUGCCUACUCGAUCUGCAGCAGCAUCUUCCCAAGUAUUACAGCACUUGGUCUUCUCCAGACAGCCCCACAGAGCUGUACCUGAAGCUGGAGGACGUCACACGGCGCUUCCAGAAGCCCUGCAUCAUGGACGUGAAGAUCGGCCAGCGUAGCUACGACCCCUUUGCCUCACAGGAAAAGCGUGAGCAACAGAUCAGGAAGUACCCACUGAUGGAGGAGAUUGGCUUCCUGGUGCUCGGGAUGAGGGUGUACAACGUGGGCUUGGACUGCUUUGACACAUAUGACCAGCAUUAUGGAAGGGGUCUCAAGAAGGAUACCAUCAAAGAUGGACUUUCCAAGUUCUUCUACAACGGCAACCUCCUCCGCCGAGAUGUCAUCACUGCCAGCAUCGCCAAGGUCAAGAGCAUCCUUCGUUGGUUUGAGAACCAGAGCCAGCUGAACUUUUAUGCCAGCUCUCUACUCUUCGUCUACGAAGGCCUUCCCUUGGCCCCAGAGGAGAAAUCCAGCACCCGGAGCCUACAGAAGAAUGAAGGUGUUCUGGAGUACAACAACAACAUCGAGCAGAGCCUCUCCACAAUGUACUCCCUGCACAAGAAAGGCUGCAUGCAGAGCCACCAUCAAAGCAAGCAGGACAACAGCGCAUGGCACAGCCUCACACAGCUGGACGCCGGCGAGCAGGAGACCGAGGAGAUGCCUGAGGUGGAGGUCCGAAUGAUCGACUUUGCCCACGUCUUCCCCAGCGAGGUCCCCGACCACGGCUAUAUCUACGGUCUGAGGAACCUGCUCAUGGUGCUGCAGACGAUACUGGAUGACUAAAAAACGAAAGGUUUCUUCUCAUCGUACUUCAGCCAUAAUGCUCUGCUCAUCUCAAAAGAGAGGAAAAUUUUAAAGUUGUAGCUACUCUCAUUCUUCUCUACCCUACCUGUCCGGGCUCAGCACUACCUGGACUACAACAAAGUAACCAUUUGAAAAGCUUGGUCUUAUAGUUGGUCUAUCUGCACCUGGUUUUCUUUCUUUUUCUUUUCUUUUUUUUUUUUUUAAAUAUUAAAAAGUGUUUUACUCAGGUAAAUCGAUGGUCAUUUAUAGUAUUUAUCCUGGCAAUGGCAGAAAUUAAAUUCUCUCACCUUUAGUCACCAUCUUAACCCUCUCUCUGCUUUGCUUCAGCAUUUCCCAAGACAAGUUAAACAAGGUAUUGUUUUUCAUUUGUUUUUACAUACAGGCAUAUUGUUGCUUCUCACGGCUGUAGUUGGUAAGACUAAGGACUUUGAGUAAGUACAUAGUUGUCAAUUUCUAUAACCUGCGCUGCCAAGAUGACCCUGCUUGUGGUGAUUUUGAAAUGUGCGAUUUUUGACUAGCUUACAUAAACUCCCCUGUGUAAAUAUGGUAUUAUAUUUUCUGAAAUUGAACCAUUCAAUGUGCUCACCUGAUGGUGGGGAGGCUUGGCUCUUUAUUGACAUUUUAAAACGUGUCAGAUAUAUUGAUUAGCUGUUCUGCCUGUCUUGAUCGAGGAAAAAAACACGCAAACUUCAGUUCAUAACCUUUCCGGCUGUCUUUAAGCCAUGCUUUAUUAAUGCCGUAUCAGCUGGUCGAGUGUUUUGCUACACUUUCCUGAGUGAACGAAGUGUUCCUGUGCAGACAAGGUAUCAAUUUGAGUGCUGGAGGCAAAACCAGCAGAGUGAUCUCGAUUAUAAAAAUAAAUGGAAAAAAAAAAUCCACUGGAAAUAAAGAGAGGAAAAAAAACCCCCAUCAAUAUCAGAAUUAAGACCAGAUUUUUCUUUUUCCUCUCCGAGUCAUUGGACAGCUAUUUUUUUUAUUUAUUUAUUUUUUUAAAUUAGUUUAUUAGUCCUUAACUUUGCAUUGUAUUUAUAUUAACAAAUUCUGUUGCAGCUUUUUAUUUUUUAUUUUUAAACAAUCCUUUUAAAAACCUAGGGCAUUGCAGAUUUUAUAGAGUUUCAUAUAGGUGCGUAAUCACUGUAUACACUGACAUACUUAAUCUGUGAAAUUUAUUACUCAUCUCAAAGCUGACAAGUUUCUUGCUUUACUCUCCGUUAUUCUCUGUAAAAUUGUUUCUGUUGGAAAGUGUUGUUUUCCAACAGAAUGCAUUUCAAGUUACGUAGUAUGUCUUAUGGCCUUGUCUUAUGAUGAACGACUGCUGCUGCGUUCGACUCGUCGGAACCUCCGAUUUAACAUUCCUGUUGAUUUAAGCAGAACAAGGGCAUGCUUUCUGCUCGUCCCCCGAAGAGGAAAGUUGAGCUCUGAAGGGAAAAGAAAAAAAAAACAAAGUUGGAAUUGCAUGUCUUUGGGCAAAGUCGAAACUACCCGUGUGUUUAAUUCCCUGGCUCUUGUCUCACUCUCAGGAAUGUAUAAGUGUUAUGAGGACUUCAAAGUAGUCCAGACAUCCGUAUGCAAGAACUUUAAGGAAACAGGCCGUGGGCCAGAGCUAGAUGCAUUUGUUCUGUAGCUUGCAUACCGCUAAAUUGAGGAUUUUAUUUGCAUUCCAUUAAAAAAAAAAAUUAUUAUUAUUAUUAUUAUUUUGGUUCUGCUAUUACAUUUACAGCAUUUCUUUACAUUCAUGCACUGAAGCAAUUGGACAUACUGUAUGAUGUAUACAUCAACCUUCCUGCUGUGAACUAAUCCAUUCAUGUCUAAUUUGUUUGAAAUCUUAUUCUCACUUAUAAUUUUAUUUUAUUAUUCUUUUUAAACAGUUGCACCUGACUGAGAUUUGCGCUGGUGCUCAGAGCACUUUAAUGAUUUGCUAGACUGGAUUUUGCCUAUGGAGCUAGUUUAAUUGAACUAACUGUAAAGGUAUCUUACAUUUUAAAUGCCUCAAAAUAGAAGGAUCUUACUUUAACCAUUUUGUAACCUGGUUUGGUUUUGUUUGAGCUCAUUCUUUUACCUGUGGUAAAUAAAAGGAGUUUUUUUUUUUUUUUUUUUUUUUUUUUGCUAUUUACAUUUUCCAAAAGGAGAAAAAUCAGGGUAAAUUGUAUCAUGUUAAGUGGAAAAUGUUAAGUAUAAUUAAUCUUUGCUGUCCUGGAAUAUGCAGGCUCAUUUACACCCAGUGG